AUGAGACAAGUACAAUGCAAAUACUAUGCUUUUUUAGUACCUGAGGAAUUUUAUCACUUAGAACACGAUAAGAUUCGAUUGCAACUCAUUGAAUUGGUGACUAGUUUACCCACAGGGGCUCACAUUUCCUUGAUUAUACCUUUAACGGGAGAUUUUAUGCAUUACGAAUUCUGGAAUAACAUAAAGAUAGAAAAUGUCUCUGUUAUGCUCUAUUUAUCCCAAGAAGUUGAUGAUUGUAUAAUUAGAAGAUGGUGCACUGAACCUAUUAGUGCAGUCAUGGUACAUGCUGCAAAAUUUGUACAUGAGUAUAAAUUUCCCGUUUUGCCUGAUUAUUUGCAAGUGAUGCUACGAAAGUUCAUCACAAAGUCUCCACCUGCUGUUAUACUAAUGUCUGAUAGUAAUCAAAUUACUUAUAUCAACGGUCUAAAAUGGUUUGUUUCGAAGGUAGAAAUUGACCCUGCAUCUGACAUUUUAAUUGAUCCUUUACAACCGUUAAAAGAUGAUUUAUCUUUGGAAAUCUAUGAGGUCUUCGAAAAGGAUAUCAUUAAAUAUGAUCAAUAUGAGAAAGCAAUCUUUCGAGCAUUGAAAGACAUAAAUAUGCCCAAUGUAAAGGUUCUAGUUAUAGGACCUGGUAGGGGUCCAUUAUUAGAUAGACUUUUGAAAGUUAUCAAAAAAUUGGAAUGCCAGUAUCAGAUAGAUUCUGUUGAAAAGAACUCUAAUUGCUAUGCCAUAUUAAAAGAAAGGAAUCUUAAAGAAUGGAAUGGAACUAUUAAUUUAAUUAAAGACGAUGUUAGGACCUGGAAAGAUAUCAACUAUAAUUUGGUGAUAUCUGAAUUGCUAGGUUCAUUUGGCUGUAACGAAUCAUGUCCCGAAAUAUUACAAAAAUUUACAAAUGAAAAUACAAUUAUGAUUCCGCAAAGUUACGAAAACUAUUUACAACCAAUAUAUUCGCCUCUUAUUUCAGAGAUUAAAAAUGAGCAAUUGGAGAGGCCUUAUUUGGUAAAGCUAAAUUCAUUUUAUAACAUGAGUGGCAUACAACCAAUUUGGAAAUUCAACCACCCAACAAAAGACACGACUUCUAGACUUAAGGCUAUUGACUUUCAUGUUCCAUAUCAAGGGAAGAUUAAUGGAUUUCAAGGAUAUUUUAUAGCUAAUUUAUACGAAACCAUUCAAAUUGGAAUACAUCCACAAAUGGAAGAAGGCUUUUGUAAGUCCUGGUAUCCAUUCUUAUUCCCUAUCCUGGAGAUUCAUUGCAAUAGUAACUCAAAUUUAAGCUUUCUAAUUGAAAGGAUUUCUGAUAAUAAGGUGUGGUACGAAUGGUCCGUUAACAAUAAAGUUUAUAACAAAGAUGGAUUAUAUUACUCUAUAGGUUUAUAA